CAGCUCUAUUGGAUUUCUAUCCGGAGACAUCCCUGGAACCCAUACCGCGUUAUACCUCUACCAAUAUGGCUUAGCCGCACAAAAACUGUAACGGGCAAGUUUCACUGUUUUUACUGUCUGCGCAAGUUGUCAGGAGUGUUACAUGUAACUCAAUGUUGUAAACAGUAAUCGCCGGUCAAUAGGCCUAAUGGUUAAAGACGAAGCGCCGUGUUAUUGCAAAAUAUGCUUGGUGGGUGGGUCUUAAAAGCCAGCGCCAAUGAAACGAAUAGAAUGAGUGCUGUAUAACAGACGGGGACGUUUCAUUAUUUAUUUUUUAUAUAUAAUAUCCAUUUAUCACUGUUGUGCGCAAGGGAGGUGGAACUAGAGGGAACUAACUGUCCUUGUUCGUUCUAUUUGACUGGCGUAAUCAUAUCUUGCUGUAGACAACCACACGCGAGGUUGUUCCUCAACACAUCGUUCAGAAUGGCUGGGCUGGUGAGUAGCAGAGGGUGUCACAAAAUCAGGAGUUCCCAAAUAAGAGAGCUUCUCGAUUCCAAGCUCAACGUCCUUUUUGAUUGCGACGGAGUCAUCUGGAAUGGCGAAACGGUAGUGGCAGGCGCGCCAGAAGUGGUGACACUACUGAAACAACAAGGCAAAAAGGUAUUUUUCAUCACCAACAACUGUACUAGGCCCAGAGCGAGCUACGUGACGAAGUUUAUCCGGUUGGGCUUCACUGAUGUCGCAGAGGAGGAGAUCUUCAGCUCGGCGUACUGCUCUGCGGCUUACCUGCGAGACGUGGCGAAGUUGCAGGGCAAGGUGUAUGUCAUAGGGUGCCAGGGCGUUGUGAAGGAGCUACGGGAUGCUGGGGUUCCCAUAGUGGAGGAGGACACUGACGCACCUACUGGGACCAUUUACGACUACCCGUUGGACCCAGACGUGAAGGCAGUGCUGGUGGGAUAUGACGAGAAAUUUGAUUUCAUAAAACUGGCCAAAGCCUGCUGCUACUUACAGAAUACUGAGUGCCUGUUUCUGGCCACUGACCCUGACCCUUGGCACCCACUGCGAGGAGGCAGAAUAACACCAGGUAGGUGUUUCACUGGUGAGGGUCCUGCUGGCUUUUGUUCCAGUCCAGCACUAGCACAGCUGAUGUAAAGAGAUUCUCCGGGACUGUUUUAUACUUUUUAGCCAGUAGUUCUGAAAGUAGCACUCACCAGCCAAAAGUGGUCCCCGAAAAUUGUGUACAAUGUGCGAGGGGGCUGAAGCUCAUUGACUAGAACUCUAAUUGCUAGGGGACUGGCCCAUGUGGGGGGAAAUGUAGGGAAUAUGGCUCUGCACAGCUUCCAGAAAACAGUUGCUUUCAAACUAGGGAUUUCGUGGCUAAUUGAGGUAAAACAGUAAUUCUGCUCAUAGAUUAUGCAUGUAUGAACUAGUGAUGGGAAACAGAGGCUUUCAGAAGGCUUUGGCGCUUUCACCAAAUUGUGCCAAAAUCAGUUCAUUACUCAGAGCUUCAUUUUCUCUUCACAGUGCCCAUUAGUGACAUUACAUUUACAUUUACAUUUACAUUUACGUCAUUUAGCAGACGCUCUUAUCCAGACAUCUGCUGGUCAGCAAUAAAUAGCUACGUUUGAUCAUCAGAGAGGUUUUUUCUCCCAUUAUCAUCAAAACUCUGGUGCAGUGGUAAAUUGUUGGCUUUAGUAGCUUAUAAUCAGUUGGAAUUCCCUUUUUUUGCCUUCUAGUUUACCAUUUAAAAAACCCAGAAUCUAUGGCAUUAUUUAGGAUGCUUAAGACAAAGCUUAUACUAUAUUAAAUUAAACCAAUUAUUUGAAUAACAGUGCAGGAAGUCUGGUUUCACAUAACAAUUUUCAAAAUAGUGUGUCUUUAACGGGAUUUGACCUCAUACCCUCACAUCCCUGAAUGUCCCAUAGUUCCCUACUCUACCAGCUAAGCUACCAGUAAGGGUAAAGUUUUUUUACAAAAUCCUAACUAUAUUUGUAAGUACGGUGUCCAGUAGAAGUCCGUGUUUAAAAGCAGCUUGAAAUCGAGGAAAGCACCGGAACCACGGCAAACUCAGUGUGAUCUCGCAUUUUGCAACAAACUGUUUGAAAAAGCAUGUGAUCAAACUAAGCUUCGGACGUCAUUGAUGACGUACUACUGAUAAAGCGAUGCACUCAUCGGCACACUGAUUCGAAGUUAGCUGCUUAACGAUUUCUAUGCAUGCCUCGGAGCUCCGGUAUCAAACAUAAUAUCACUAGUAUGAACUACACAUUGACACAAAGCGGUUGGUUUAAAAAAUACUGGAGUGAUAGAGGUAGAUAUGUGUAGGGGUAAGGUGACUACGCAUCAGGAUAUAUGAUAAACAGAGUAGCAGCAGCGUAUAUGAUGAUUAUGUGUGAGUGGGUGUGUAGAGUCAGUAUAAACUUUAUAUUAUAUGCAUAUGUGUGUGAGCAAAUGAUGGAGUGAGUGUCAGUGAGCGUGUAGGGCCCUGUGAGUGUGCAUAGAUGGUGCAACUCAGGUUCAUCUCAGAUAGUCCAUGUAGCCAUUUUGUUAGCUAUUUAGCAGUUUUAUGGCUUGGGGAUAGAAGCUGUUCAGGAGUCAGACUUGAUGCACCGGUACCGCUUGCCGUGCGGAAGCAGAGAGAACAGUCUAUGGCUUGGGUGGCUGGAUACCCAUUUUCCGGCCCUUCCUUUGGAGGUCCUGGAUGGCAGGGAGCUUGGACCCAGUGAAACACUGAGCUGUCCGCACCACCCUCUGUAGUGCCAUGCGAUCAAGGGCGGUGCUAUUGCCAUACCAAGCGGUGAUGCAGACAGUCAAGAUGCUCUCAAUGGUACAGCUGUAUAACUUUUUGAGGAUUUGAGGGCCCAUGCCAAACCUUUUCAACCUCCUGAGGGGGACUGUGCACGUGUGUGCAGACCAUUUUAAGUCCUUAAUGAUUUGGACACCUACUAAUCAUGAUUAGUUGAAUCAGAUGUGUUAGUGCUGGGCUGGAACGAAAGUUUGCACAUCCUGUAGUUCACCAGGGGACCAUUAUCUACUUCAAUUUCACCUCAAUGUAACAGGGUGAAUAGGGACACCAUGUAGAAAGGGUUUACUACAUUUUAGCCCUGUGGUGCCUGGACAUACAGUAUCCACAUAUUCAUUGAGACCUGUCAUGUAAACUUUUCACAGCGCACUAGGUUGGUUGAGCACACCUGUUGGUUAAACAGUUAGUUUGUAUCAGAGAAAUGUGUCGUCAGUAUUUGGUAGACAUGGGCAGUUGUGUAGAAUGGCUUUGAAUGCUGUGUGAAGUGCAACUCAAUCCGUUUUUACUCCCAGCAACACACACAUGAUGUCUUCUAUUGUGUGCUGCUCUGUUCAUGAAAUUAAGGAUACUGCACAUAAUGUUGUUUACAGAUUGAACCCUGACAAAGGUUGUUUUGGGCAUUCCUCACUGUUUGGCUAAGUGGUCACCUGUACUGGUCCUGGAGCACUACUGGUGUCUAUUUGGAUAUUAGGUUUUGAAGGCAGGCAUUUUUUCCAGCACAACACACACACACACACACACACACACACACACAAACAUCCUAUCAAGGUACAGUCAACUACUAAUAAGUGCACAUCAAAUAAGUGUAAGCUCUGUUGAAGAGCAGUGCAGUUCACCAAUUGGUUUUAUUUUACUUGACAAUAAAAAAUAUCAAAUCAGCUCCAGUUGACAACAGGCAUUACAAAUACAUAAUUUUUAGUUUUGGAUUAUUUUUAGUGUGGCUUCAAAACAGCCCCAAGCCGUUGUAUUGCUGAAUCAAGAAUAUUCGUGCUGGGCUGGAACAAAAGCUUGGACACCUUAAGAAUGAGGGUUGCUGACCACUGCUGUACGUCAGUAUGCCGUUUACAAGUUAAACAUUGAAAAGGUAGUAGCUGGUAAUCUUCCCUGACUCUCUGGCGCCGCUUCCUCCUCUCCCUCAGGUUCGGGAAGCCUCACGGCCGCUGUGGAGACGGCCAGCAGCAGGAAAGCCAUGGUGAUCGGGAAGCCCAGCUGCUUCAUGUUCGAGUGCAUUGCCAGCCAGUUCAACCUGGACCCCGGCCAGUCCCUCAUGGUGGGUGACCGUCUGGAGACUGACAUCCUGUUUGGGGCUAACUGUGGCCUGGACACCAUGCUCACCCUCACCGGAGUGUCCACUCUGGAGGAGGCGCAGGGCUACAAGGACAGUGAUGACCCUGAGCGGAAGGACUUUGUGCCAGAUUACGUGGUGGAGACCAUUGCCGAUUUCAUUUUAGCGUAUGAAGAGGAGGAAGGCUGAGGAGGACUCUAGAAAGAGCAGACCCCUGAAGCUGUGCCAGUGCUUAAGAGACCUGGGUCAUGUUCAUUAGAGCA